AUGAGUAACACUUCUAAAAGCAAGAAUUAUAUCGAUAAUGCUGACGAAGGAGGGUUUGAGGAAUGCGAACAGGAUAUGCAGAUUGCUGAAGUAUACAUCGAUGCCGAUGGACGUACACAUUAUUUUGAUCCGGAGCAUUAUCGGUGUUGCUUCUCAGCACUUCACACGAAGAUGGGAACAUUUGUUCUGGUAACACUGGUGUUUCAUGAAAUUAUAAUUGUAUUUAUAUCACGCCUGAUACAACUUUGUUUUUCCGGUGUUAUGUAUUUUGCUUUAUGGAAACAACGAUGGGAAUACAUACUUCCGUUUGCCACUUCACAGUUGACAUUUGGAGCAUAUGCAGACAUCUCAACAAUCAUCAUGUUAGUUGGUGACCUGAAUAUGUCAGAUUCUUGGCCAAUAUCUCCAAGUUCAGUACGAUGGUUAAGCUAUGUAAUUCUCAUCUCAUUAUACGUAAUUUUUUCAGCGUGGUUUACCUAUGUAUUGUAUCGAUGUUCUAUUUUCUUUCGCGAUCGUUAUAAGCACCAAAAGCGUAAGCUUGGCUUGCUGAAUGAAGAAAACUUAUCGGACAAUGACGAUGAUGAUAUCGAUGACGGUUUCAAUCUCUGCAACGUCAGUGCAGUCCAAAGCUGUUAA